AUGAGAACCCCGUUGAUCCACAUGUUUCCUCUCCUCCUUCCAUUCGUAACGAAGCUUUUCUCAAUCAAGCUUGAUUUGUUUCGCGUGGCUCACGUUUCGUGUCUCUAAAGACUUAAAAUGCGUUACGUGGCUGCGUACCUCUUGGCUGCCCUUGGAGGCAAGGAAAACCCAUCUGCCGCAGACAUUGAGAAGAUCUUCAGCUCUGUGGGCAUCGAAGUUGACAAGGAGAAGUUGACUAAGGUCAUCAGUGAGCUGAAGGGAAAGAACCUGGAGGAGAUCAUUGCUCAGGGCCAGGAGAAGCUUUCCUCCAUGCCUGCCGGAGGUGGCGGCGGUGCCGUUGCAGCCCCUGCUGGAGCUGCCCCUGCUGCUGCAGAAAAGAAGGAGGAAAAGAAGGAAGAGAAGAAAGCUGAAUCCGAGGAAUCUGAUGAUGACAUGGGCUUCGGUCUCUUUGAUUAAACAUGCAGUUUCAUUCCACCAUCUGCAAAUAAUCCUCACCAUCUUUUUUUAAAUAAAAGACCAGAAAAUAUACAA